AUGACUCUAUCAUCUGUAACAAGACUUCAACCACCAACCAACGUCCCGACUGCGUUUCAAAGCCGAGAAAACAGCAUCGUUUACAUCACCAUGGCCAACACGCCUGAACCCAAAACUUCCUACACCAUAGUGGUCAAACUGGGUUCUUCAUCCAUCGUGGACGAGGUCACCAAAGAACCCAAGAUCUCUAUCAUGUCUAGGAUAGUGGAAACACUGGUCAAACUACGACGCGAUGGCCACAAGGUGGUGAUAGUGUCUUCAGGAGCAAUUGCCACUGGUUUAAAGCACCUGAGCCUGGACAAACGUCCGAAGAAGCUGGCCCAGGUACAGGCACUGGCAGCUAUCGGCCAAGGAAGGUUGAUCACACUUUGGGACAGUAUGUUCCGCCAUUUCAAUCAGGUCACCGCUCAAAUUCUGUUUACGAGAAAUGACAUCACAGAUUAUACACAAUUUAAAAAUGCUGAAAACACACUGGAAGAGCUCAUCAACAUGGGCGUGAUUCCCAUUGUCAACGAGAACGAUACGCUUUCGGUUCAGGAAAUCAAGUUUGGUGACAAUGACACGCUGAGUGCGAUAACCGCAGGAAUGUGCCAUGCAGAUUUUCUGUUUCUUCUAACAGACGUGGACUGUCUAUAUACGGACAAUCCUCGGACCAACCCCGAGGCGAAGCCCGUUCUCGUGGUGAGGAACAUGAAGAACCUCAAUGUGAACACGAAAUCCACGGGAUCCGCAAUAGGAACCGGUGGGAUGACUACUAAGCUGAUAGCAGCUGAUUUGGGUACGAGUGCAGGCGUCACAACGGUGAUUUGCAAGAGUACUGUUCCUGAGAACAUCCUGGCCAUAGUGAAUCAUAGUAAAGAAAGCGACGUCAAGCUGGUAUCUGAUGAGGAAUGGGAGAACGAAUCCUUCGAGGAUUUCGAGAAGUUGAAUUCAGAAGAGUUCAAUACCUUGCAGCGUCUGAAUCUCCCUCUUCAUACCAGGUUCAUAGGCCAAUCCGUUCACAACACAAUCAAAGAUAAGGAGUUCUGGCUUUUGCACGGACUGAAGCCAGCUGGUGAGUUGAUCAUUGAUCUGGGCUGCUACAAGGCCAUCACAAGAAAAGAGAAAGCGGGUCUUCUUCCAGUGGGAGUCAUCACCACCGAGGGGACUUUCCAUGAGUCUGAGUGUGUGGAGUUGAAGGUUGGAGUUAGAGAUUCUAAUGGAGAUUUGGAUAGGUCAACCCCGCUCAUUUACAUUGGACGGGGUCGUUGCAACUACACGAGCUCAGAGAUAGAAAAGAUCAAAGGAUACCAGAGCAACCAGAUAGAGUCAAUAUUGGGGUUCGCUGAUAGUGAGUAUGUGAUCCAUAGGGAAAACCUUGCAUUUCCUCCUCAUCAGGACAUAGAUGUUGAAGGGUUGUUGAAGGAGUAUGCCAGUUUGAGGGUAUAG